AUGAUGGGACAAUACCCAGAGGAUGUGGUGAGUGGCUUCACCACAGAAGAACUGGAAUGCAAGAUAUGCUACUGUGCUUACAGCUUGUCAAGUCGACGUCCAAAAGUACUGAAGUGCUGUCAUUAUCUGUGUGCCAAGUGCCUUGCAAAAAUCCUCGAUUUGGGUGAAUCAUCUCCAGGUUCGGUGAUCUGCCCGUUUUGCCGCUACAUCACAGACCUUCCUGGAGAGGCCGUGGACAAUCUACCAGAUGAGUACAAACUGGUGACAGCACUGUCCAUCCAGACACGGAAACAUCAGAACCUGCUUGAGAGGCAAGGUGAGGUUAUCCUCAAUCCCAGACACCUCAAUUCCCUAGUGGGUCACUCUGCCUCGUCUUCCCCUACUUCCAUUCGUUCCAAUUACGUGGUCAUCACCUUUAUGGAGCCUCAACAGGAGGCUGUAAUUCCAGCUCCAGGUAGGGAUUAUCAUUCUUCCAGCUUGGACUCCAUGGCUUCUGUUACACAGAGAUGGACAGUGUGGAACUGUGCGGCUCUCUUAUGCCAGACCACAGCACGAGUACUGGUCUGGUUGCUGGGGCUGCUUUACUUUGGCUCAUUGCCUUUGGGUAUCUACCUGCUAAUAAUGCAGAUUACACAUCUUGGGUUACUGCUGGUCAGUGUGGUACCCGCCAGUAUUUUAAUUCUUAUGGUGUACUGCCUUUGCCAGUGUCUGUGCAGUGAGCUUUUGGAAUGUGUAGCACCAUAA